AAACAAAAUCAUAAAAACCAAAAAAUAUUUCCUGGAAUCCAAAUUUUUAUUAAAAAUUUUCGACCAAAAAAAAUUAAAAUGGAGUAUGGAAAUGGUAUGCAAUUCGGAGGCUUUGGCCAGGGCGGCGAGGGCUAUGAAAUGAACUACGACCAGAUGGGCACCAGCCAGGGUUUCGGCCAGUCUGCUGGUGGCUUUGGACAAGAGUCUAGGAACAUGCAAAGCGGAGCUGCUGCUCUCGGUGGUCCCGGAUACCGUAGUCCUCUGCGGUAUCAGAAGAUAAUGCGCGAGAUGAACUCUCGCAAUGGGCUUUACUCUCCCAUGGAGCAACAGCGUGGAGGAGGACAGGGUGACUACUAUAGCUCCUUACCCGGAAUCGGUGGCGCCGAGGGUCAAGUGUAUCGUAACCGUGGAAAUGGCAACGGCAACCAAAACUCCUACUUCUAGUCAAAAAUGUGCACUAACUUGAUAUUGAUAUUAUGGUUUAAAAUUGAGCUGUGUUUAUCUAUAGUUAAACAUUAAAUAUGAUAUAAUUUUAAAA